CAUAGAUACAGGGAUCCAAUGAAUUACACAGGUGGCAUGCCGGAUAGAGGAAGACCGAUUGCAAGAAAUGCAGUGGCUCCUACCAGGACUAAAUGGGCUGGGGCUUCCUCCAGAUACAAGCAAAUUGGUAAUAAUAAAUUAGACACCAUCAUCACUGGGCAUUUGACCCAAGAACAAGCCGAAGCUUACCAGCAAUAUUUCCGUAUAGAGGAAAUAUCUCACCUUUUAAGAAGUGCCAAUCAACAAAAGAGAGAUGUCAUAAGUUUGCUACCGUCUGGUAACUUGGGAGAAAAUCCUAAUUUUCAAAGAGAUCCAUCUCCUCCUCCCAAAUAUAAUAGCGAUGGGAGCAGGUCAAAUACCCGGGAAGCUAGAACUAAAACAAUACUCGAAAAAGAAAGACAUUAUUUGGUUGAGCUCACUGCGGGUUCGAUUAAAAAUUACGUUCCUCCUAAUGACUACCGUAAGCCCAAUAAAACAUACGAGAAGAUAUAUAUACCGGUUAAAGACUACCCAGAGAUUAAUUUUGUUGGUUUACUUCUUGGGCCAAGAGGUAACACCUUAAGACAACUUCAAGAAGAAAGUGGAGCUAGACUUGCCAUACGAGGAAAAGGAUCGGUGAAGGAUGGGAAAUCUACAUCUAAUAACGACGAUGAUGAUUCUAACAAUCCGUUAUCUUCUACUUCAUUUUCAAAUCCAAACUUGAACUCCAAUGCCGACGAUUUGCAUGUGGUGAUUACUUCGGAUACCCAAUCAAAGAUUGCGAAAGCCAUCAAGUUGACUAACGAAGUGAUCGAGAAAGCUAUAAGCUCACCCAUUGGUCAGAACGAUUUAAAGAGAGGACAGUUACGUGAAUUGGCUGUGCUUAAUGGUACCUUAAGGGAAACUAAACCUUAUGUUCAGGAUAGCUUUAAAGAAAAACGUAAACCUGCAUUCGAUAUCUCGACAAUCGUUUGUAGUAACUGUAAAAAAAUCGGUCAUUUUGCAAGAGAUUGUAAACUUCCUCCAGCUAUUGAUGAAUCCGGAGCUACCACUGGCCAAAUUGAGAAAAGAGAAAUAGAGUCUGAAGAAUCCACACAGUCUAAGAAAAGGAAACCAAAUGUUCCAUUACCACCCUGGCAAAGAGCCACACCUCCUCCACCUCCUCCUGCACCAUCGAUCAAUGUGGGACAUCCUUUGAAGUUUCCACCACCGCCACCAACCUCAUCUUUGGCUUCUUCAAAAGUAAUGGCACCACCACCUCCUCCUUCAUCGAAUGUCCGUCCGCCACCUCCACCUCUGACGAAUCCAAGCGUUCCUCCUCCACCACCUCCGUCGACUUCAAACGGUCCACCUCCACCACCUCCACCAUCGACCUCAAGCGUUCCACCUCCACCUCCACCUUCUCUGAAAUCUACAAAGCCACAAGUACCUCCCCCACCACCACCUCCUGCAUCUUCUUGAUGUUAGAUAUAAAUCAUAUUUUCUACAAGCAAUGUAAUUUAUAUUACAGUUUUUUAAUCAGUCUUUUUUUUUUAUUUUAGUGUAUAGUAAACGAAUUAAAUAAAGUCAGUUCGAUUGCUGAACCAUGCAUAUUCCAUUGAGGCCAGUAAAAAAAAAAAGACAAAUAGAAAAAAGAUAUGAAG